AUGGGUUUCAUGACAGCCAAGAGAGCGUACAACUGGUACAUUUCUCUCGUCGCCGCAUCAUGCAUGGUCCUCUACGGUUACGAUGCCUCGGUGUACAACGCGGUUCUCGGUUCCGAUAAUUGGAUGAACUGGUUUGGCAACCCUAACUCGCAAACUCAGGGCGCCAUCAACACCGCCUACACUGUUGGUGCCGUUGUUGCAGGGUUUUUCAUGGGCGGCCCGCUUGCCGACUUCGCUGGUCGUCGCGCGGGUAUGGCAGCUGGAUCGUUGCUCGUCAUCGUUGCCACCUUCAUGCAGGCUUUCUCUCCAAAAGGCAAUGUCGGUUGCUUCAUCGGAGGCCGUGUCAUCAUUGGUUUGGGCCAGGGCCUCGCACUGACCGCCGGUCCCAUCUACAUCGGAGAGCUUGCGCCUUCUGAGAUUCGCGGAAAAGUCAUGUCGUUCUGGCAGAUGUUCUACAGCGUGGGUUCCUUUAUUGCGUACUGGAUCAAUUUCGCCUGCCAGAAGCACAAGGCCGGCCUCGGCGAGUGGGACUGGCGCAUGGUCGUCAUCUUCCAGCUCUUGAUGCCCGUCCUUAUCCUCGCCCAGCUCUGGUUCAUCCCUGAGACCCCGCGUUGGCACAUCCAGAAGGGCAACAAUGUUGACGCUGCGCGCGCCUCGCUCCGCCGCGUCCGCGACACGGAGCAGGAUGUCGAAGACGAGCUCCUGGUGAUCCGUGAGGCGCUCGAGUUCGAGAAGGAGGCCAUCUCUUCGGGCUACGCCGCGCUAUGGAAGGAUCCCUCGGUGCGCAAGCGUCUGCUGCUCGCUUUCGUCAUCAACGCCGGCCAACAAGUUACCGGUCAGGGCACGCUCAACACCUAUUCCACCAAGGUCUACAAGAAGAUCUUCACCAGUACCUCGCAGAUUGCCCUCAUCAACGCCCUCAACGCUACCUUCAGCAUCAUCUUCACACUCAACGCCACCUGGACCGUCGACCGCUUCGGCCGUAAGGCGCUUCUCAUCGUCGGCGCAAUUGGCAUGGGUCUUUGCAUGGUCAUCGCCGCCACCGUCGAGACGCAGACUCCAUCCAUCGUCGUCGAUGGCGUGGCCACCAAGACUCAAUCUGUCGGCAUUUCUAUUGUGUUUCUGAUGUUCCUCUUCGCCUUUUUCUACAAACCCUCUUGGGGCGCAACCGUCUGGAUCUGGACCUCCGAAAUUUUCUCCAUGAACGUGCGCGCGCAAGCCGUCGGCAUGGCUUCGCAGACCCAGAACGUCGCGAACGCCAUCGUCCAGCAGUUCUUCCCCACCUUCCUCGACAACUGCGGCUUCUACGCAUUCUACAUGUUCGCCGGCAUCAACAUCCUGCUCGCCGUCUUCGUCUGGUUCUGCAUCCCCGAGACCAAGCAGGUCAGCCUCGAGGAAAUCGACGUCCUGUUCGGCGGCUCGAACCACGUCGAGAAAGGUGGCGAUUUAAUGGGUGUGGAGGAUGCGCAUCAUGUGCAUGUGAGCGCAGAGGGCAAGGGGGGUGUCGAGGGGAGGGAGAACAUGACAAAGGUAUAA